UCCGGAACUUCCGGCAAGAUCACAGACUGGGUAAACCCCAACGACAAGUCCGGCGAAUUCAAGCGCCAGCAGUCCGUGUUCCGAAACUGGAUCUCCAGAGAAUCCGGCGCGGAAUUUCCCCCUGAGAAGGGCCGUUACCAUCUCUAUGUCUCUUAUGCUUGUCCUUGGGCGCACCGGACAUUGAUCACAAGAAAGCUCAAGGGUCUCGAAGACUUCAUUUCAUUUACCUCUGUGCAUUGGCAUCUGGGAGAGAAGGGCUGGCGCUUCGUAACUCCUGAUGAGAAACUGCCCGGAGCGAACACCACCCCAGAUCCAUUACAUGCCGAUGUCUCGCACCUCCGCGACAUCUACUUCGCGCAGGACCCGGAAUAUGCGGGCCGAUUCACAGUUCCCGUACUCUAUGACAAGAAGGCCAAGAAGAUCGUGAGCAACGAGAGCUCCGAAAUCAUCCGCAUGCUCUACUACGAAUUCGACGACCUCCUCCCCACCCAGUACAAAUCCCUCGACCUCUACCCCACCCACCUGCGCCCCCAGAUCGAAUCCACAAACGAAUGGACCUACAACGACGUCAACAACGGCGUCUACAAAUCCGGCUUCGCAACAACCCAAGAAGCCUACGAGCGCGCCGUAAAAACCCUCUUCUCCUCCCUCGACAAAAUCGAAUCCCACCUUUCAUCCUCGCUUACUCCCGAAAAGCCCUUCUAUUUCGGGUCCAAUAUCACAGAGGCGGAUAUUCGGUUGUUCACGACGAUUAUCCGGUUUGACCCUGUGUAUGUACAGCAUUUUAAGUGUAAUAUUCGGGACAUUCGCUCGGGAUACCCGGCUAUUCAUCGCUGGGUGAGGGGGUUGUAUUGGGAUGUUCCCGCGUUCCAGGAGACGACGGAUUUCGAGCAUAUCAAGUUUCAUUAUACGAAGAGUCAUAAGCAGAUUAAUCAGUUUAGUAUUACUCCUGUUGGGCCGGUGCCGGAUAUUUUACCCAAGGAUGAGGAGGUUAAAGCGGUUACUGCGGAGUAA